UCCCUUCCCCUCUCCAGCUUCCUUCAGGAAAAACUAAAUAUAGGUUCGUCUUGCACCCGCCCCUCGCUUAGCCAGAGGGAGAAGCAGCAAGAGCCCCCCACAAGCACUUGGACCGGGCUCGGUCGGCGACCGAGCGAGGAUGGCAUCGCCCGACGAGGAGUCGCUCUCCCCCAAGAACCGGCUCAAGCUCCUCUGCAGCUACGGCGGCAAGAUCUUGCCGCGACCCUCCGACGGCCACCUCAAGUACGUCGGCGGCGAGACCCGCGUCCUCGUCGCCCCUCGCUCCAUCUCCUUCUCAGAUCUGAAGAUGAGGAUCGGGGAGAUGUUUAACAACGCGGAAGUGGUGAUGAAGUACCAGAUCUUGCCGGAGGACCUUAAUGCGCUCGUGAGCGUCACGUGCGACGAGGACCUCCACCACAUGCUCGACGAGUACGACCGGCAACAGCCCCGCUCCCCCUCCAACUCCCCCCGUUUCCGCCUCUUCCUCUUCUCCGCCGCUCCCCCGCCGCUCUCCUCCCCCACCGACCACGCCGCAACCCCCCUCGAGCAGCGCUAUGUCGAGGCCAUCAACGGCGUCCCCCCCGCCGCCACCUCCCCUACAUCCACCAUCGACCUCCGCGACGCCCGGCCCAACGUCCUCUCCGCCGCCGGCGCAGGCAGCGAGGUGGUGCAUUGGGUCCGCAGCACCCCGAACCUGGACGGGACGCUAUGCUGGAUGGCCAACGGCGUGGGACCGCCCCACGGCGGCCGGCAGCAGCAACCCCACCACCGCCAUCACCAGAACCAUGGCCAGGAGGGCCCGCCGGCGUGCGUUGGCGGCAUGCUGUGGAGGAUGGGGAGUGGGCCCGUGCGGUUCGAGGGGUGUGCGUGCGGGUGUGGGUACCGAGGAAUGGCUUCGCCGCGACCGCCACACGUGCGGGGGCACCAUCCCCCUCACGCGGCGGGGCCCGCCAUGGGGAGAGGGGGAUGCGUGUGCUUCGGACACGUGGGGGAGCCGAGCGCCGUCCUUUCGCCGAGGGGCGGCCCGCGGCACUGCUUGCCUUUCGGUGUUCCCGCUCGUAAACCUACAACUCCUCUGUGGGGAUGAGUGACAUACAUGUACCUCAGCAGAGUUUUUUAUUUUUCCGCCUUCUCUUCUCAGGCAGAGAGAACGGUACGGAAUUGUAGAGGACGCGGAAGGGAAGGCAUGCGUGUGGUGAUUCGAGAGGUUCUCCGAGUCCCCGGAUGCCAAGGAUAGAAAUAGACUCGAUGUUGUUGUUUUAGUUUUGAUUGGAGGUAUGAAGCAGCAUCGGACGGUCAGGAGGGAGCGACCGACGUAGAACUUUUGUCACUGGUGCUGUUGUAUGAACCCAGCCGUCCGUGAAAUGGGGGUGAUCUUGUGCAUCUUCGGUGUACAUCUUUUGCUCUUAAAAAAAAAAACGGAGAGAGUCGAUGAAAACAAAUAGCUGGGGGGAAAAAAUAUAGAAUUAGAUCAUUAUAUUGAUGGUAUGACAACAGACUCAAGCUUAAAAUAUCCAGCAGAUUUG